UACAAAUAGGACUAUAGGAGUACUGUGAAAAGGCACUCGCAGCACGAUUUAUCAUCCUGUUAAUUGACUUGAAGCUCUUCGCAGUUCAAGAAAGGGCUGUGACACACGCCUGCUUCCUCAGCACCAUGACGACAUCAAGGAGGCUCACUAGUAGGAAGGUGGAGAGGUUUGACAAGAAGAUUACGAAGAGAGGAGCUGUGCCUCAGAAAACAGCCAAAAGGGGGAGGGACUAUCCUGUUGGCCCUAUUUUGCUCGGCUUCUUUAUCUUUGUGGUCAUAGGAUCAUCUCUGUUUCAGAUAAUCAGGAGUGCUACAAGCGGGGGCAUGGUGUAA